AGUACAUCUCUGCGCGUUGUUCCGCACGGGAGUGUUUGUGCAGUGUGCGUGCGUGCGUGCGUGCGAUUUUUACGUUCAACCGUUUCGCCGUUCGGUGUGCGAACAGGUUUUGUGUACGUGGACCCAGUACGCGGUUUGCGUUUACUAGCCGAUUAGCGGGAAAAGAGUUUUGUGUCGAACGAGCAACAUCGAAGUAACAGUGACUACAGAAAAAAUAUCAGCAGAUUCCUUUUAAAAUUGAUAGAAAGUCAAGCACGCAACUGAACAACCUUCAACAAUUCUUCACGAUCCUCAUCCAAAAGGGUGGAACUCGAGUGAGGCACUCUUAACAAAACCAUAGCUUCCGAACUACCAUCCGGUAUAGCUGGUGGCGGUAGGCGGAGCGCAAGAAAAGAGUUUCCGUCACGGAUCGUAGCAUCAAGGGCUCGACGCUCCGAGUUCCGGUCCGGCUGUCGAUCGUUAUUACUCUGGCUCACAGCAAGGGCGAGUAAAUAACAGUAAAGGAAACAAACCCAUCCAAGGCUUUACAGAGUGGUGUACAACGCACAGCACGUCAAUCAAAUCGACCCAUCCACUUCCUGGGUUGUGAAGGUGUGGCCGCUACCAGCUCGUACCGACAGACGAAUUUACCAGGGAACAGGUGGCCAGUUGCCUUUGCCUUUGGUGCGGUGAGAAACGUUUCACCAGGAUGGAGCUCUCGCGGAUAAAAACCCUUUACUGUGGGUUAAUAUUUCAACUGCUUUUCACCCUUGCGCUACCACUUCCAUUUACCAAGUAUGGACGUACCUGCAGCGAUAUCGGUUGCCUGCCGAGCCAGGUGUGCGUGAUGGCUUACGAGUCGUGCUCCAUGGGGCAGCGCGAGAAUAACGAUUGUGGCCGUUACCCGACCUGCAAAAAGAACACGGAUCCCAGUGUCAAUGCCGGCCCGAGCGAGGGAGUUAGCAACGUGUACAACAACGGUCCUAAGCCUUCCGCACCAUCCGGUGGACGCCCUAGUUACGGUGGUGACGAUGAUGUGCUCGGUACGCUUGGUUUGAACCCCAACAAUCCGUAUGGUCAGCGACCAGCGGCACCACCUGCCCGUCCACAACCUCCAUCCGGUCCUUCGCUCUACCCAUCGCUGCCCUCAGACAACAACCCCGGUAACCGUUACGGAGGAAGCAGUGGUGGCGGUGGUGGUGGUUCGUACAUUGGAGGCGGUGGUGCUGGAGGUGGUUCUUCUUACGGCGGGGGUGGCCAGUUCGAUGGUGCCGGAGGAAACAUUAUCGUACCGACACGCAAACCGACCCCAGCUCCGUCCGGUGGAUUUUUCGGUGGCAUCCUUAACGGAGUGCAGAACGCCGUCUCGAACGCGGUCAAGCAGCAGAUCGGUACCUACAUUAAUCAGCGCUUGGGCAUCGGGCCGGCCGCCGGUGGGGCUGCGGGAGCGGGUGGUGCCGGCGGUGGUUUGGGUGGCCUGUUCGAUGCACGCAACCUGAUCGACAACAAACGCUUCGGUGGACUGUUUUCCGAGAAUAAACCGGCAGGAAGUAGCGGAACCGGUACGUCCGGUACGGUCAUCGGUCCGGGAGGAUAUCCGGUAACCGUCGAUCAGCGCACGUCGGCCAGCAACUAUCAGCAGCAGUAUGCAGCCCCGCCGGCCGGCGGUCAGGCAACGUAUGCACAGAACUAUGGCAACUACAACUCAGCAAAUACGGCUCGCGCACGUACCACGGAACGUCCCGCUUACGGAUGGAAUCUGAACUAGACUCGGGGUCCUCAAAAAGCACAUCAUAAAAUACUCUCCCCCCAGGAUGCACAAGAGUGGGCUGUUUUUGCCUUUACACUAAUCACCACCUUGAAUACUAAAGAAAACUAAACAAUGCACCAAUGCACACUACGUAGACAUGUCUCGCUGUCGAUCGAAGCGCCCUCUGUAGCGUAAUGUAUGACAACUGAUGGAGAUUGCAGUAGGCGGUCGAUUUUUCUCUUUAUGUUUUUUCUCUUUUUUGUGCAUCAGUGUGUGUGAGCUAGAAAACAAACAAACAAACACACUAAAAUAUUAUAUUCUUUUACACCGUUACUCAGUGACUAAUAAAGCCAAUACUCAAAGAA